AUGGGAGGAGGGGAUGCGGCGAGUGGGGACAGCAGCGGCCAUGGCGGUGCAAUGGAGUUCCCGGUGUUCUGUGUGCAGUGGGCUGUGCUGCCAGGCGCCUCUGACUCCCUCCACAUCUUCAUGCCCCACUACGUCCUCAUGUUUGAGAAGCUCCUAGCUGGCCCACCACCACACCUUUACGUGCAUCUUCUCCUGCCCACCACUCUCCGCCGCCCGCCACCCGUGCUGCCGCUCUCCCGCAGCAGCAGCAGCAAGAGCAGCCGUGGAGGAAGCAGCGGGAGUGGCAGUGGGAGCAGCGGCGAGAGCAGUAGUAGAAGUGGCGGCGGCGGCGGCGGCGGCGGCAGCAGCGGGAGGGAGAUGGCGAAUGAGCAGGGAGGGGUGAGCGGAGCAAGGAAGAGGAGGGGCAGAGAACGGAGAACAUCACUGACAGACACUCUCACAGGCCGCAUUGGCACCCUCAUGCACGUGGAUAAGGUGAAGCGCUUCUCUGAUGGGCGUAUGCUCAUUGACAGCACUGCCAUCACCACUGUGCGAGUCAACCACCUGUUGCAGACAAUUCCAUACUGCCAAGCACUGGUGCAGGAGCAGCAGGACCAAGAGGCGCUGCUGCUAAACGCCUUCAUUGGAGGCCUGGAGUGGACCGAGGAGGACGAGGGGGAGGAGGAGGAGGGGAGAGGAGAGGAGAUGGGAGAGCAGGAAGGAGAGGAGGGAGAGGGAGUGGGAAGGGGAGAGGGAGGGGAAAGGGAUGGUGGUGCCGCUGGCAUGGCAGGGAGUGUGGAUGGUAUGGGGAGGGUGUUGCACAGGGGCCCACCCAACAGCAUCAACAGGCGUGCUCUGCAGCGACUCUCCCUGCGCUUGCAGCGGGGAGAGGCUCGCCUCUGGGCUCUUCUGCAGCAGACUAGCUACCUCACACAACCGCACAACACCCGUCCUUCUCUCCCCUUUCUCUUCCCCUACUUUCCCCCUUUUUUCUCCCCAUUCCUCCCCUUCCUGCCCCCCCACCAGACAAGAGACCUCUCCUCUCGCCUACGAAUGGAUGGCUCCUUCCCCCCGCUCCCCCCGGCACUGCUCCCUCUACUACCCCCCCGCUCACACCAUAUGAACCCCUCUUUUUUGGGCGGAAGCAUGCUGGAAGGGGCACAGGCACAGCUAAUGGCACUGGAUGGGCGCGCAUGGGGAAAAGAGGGGGGGAAAGCAGAGGGUGGGGGAGAGGCGGAGGGGGAAAAGGGGAAGGGGGAGCAGCAGGGGGAGGAGGAGGUGGGAGAGGGUUGCAGGAAUGAGGGGGGCGAGGGGAGAGAGGGGGGAGAGGAGGAGCGGCAAUCAAAAGAUCCAGCACAGGGCACGCAAGGAAGCAGCAAGGCACAAGGCAAGAAAGAAACACCAGAAACACCAGGAGGUUUACACCAAGAGGGCAGAAGGCAAGAGGAGGUUGCGAGGCAGGAGAAAGGGCAUGGUAAGGGGGGGCGUGAAGGAGCAAAGGAGGUGGGGGCGAUGCGCAGAGAGGAGCCGUUGCUGCUGGUGCGGCGGGUGCAGCAGCUGUCAUUUGCGGCUGCUGCUGCUGUGCAGGGUGGCGUGGAGAGGAGUGAGGGGCGGCAGCAACUUCUGGAAGCGAGUAGUAUCACUCAACGCAUUGGCAUCCUCACAGGUGCGUGGGGCGGGUGA